AUGGCCUCAAAUUGCUGUCAAUGCCAUUACUUCACUGUCCACUUUGUUUUUCUGCUGCCAAUAUUUAAAACAGUUCCCAUUAACUACUCUCAAGAAGCUAAAGAUAAAAUUCCUUUGGAAAAUGUUGCAGACAGAAGGAGAUCACAGGAUGCUAUUUUAGAUUUGCUGCCUUUCUCAAUUUUGCCCUGCAGUAGGGUUGCCAUACGUCUGGGAAUUCCAGGACAUGUCCUCUUUUGGGGGGUCCUCCAUGCCCAUCUGGGGGGAUUUUACAUUUUAAAGAAAAUGGCCUGGAUUUUGUUUUUGUUUUAUUUUUAA